AUGGUGCCAUCUGGAAGAAAGCAUACAGGGAAAUCUGGGAAGACAUCAGUGGAAGAUCAGGUCGUAAGAGCCUAUGACUUUGAGAAAGAAGAUAAAAAGGAUCUGAGUGGUUCAGAGGAGGAUGUCACUGAAGGGAAGACUCCAGUAAUUGAUAAGCACGGGAAGAAAAGGACUUCUGCAGGAAUAUUUGAAGAUAUGGGGGGUGAAGUACAAAAUAUGCUGGAAAGAUUUGGAGCUGACAUUAACAAGGCUCUCCUUGCCAAGAGAAAAAGACUAGAAAUGUAUACCAAGGCUUCUCUCAAGACUAGUAACCAGAAAAUUGAACAUGUUUGGAAAACCCAACAAGAACAAAGGCAGAAGCUUAAUCAAGAGUAUUCUCAGCAAUUUCUGGCUUUGUUUCAUCAGUGGGAUAUAGAUGUGCAGAAAGCUGAGGAACAAGAAGAAAAACUAGCUAACCUGUUUCGACAGCAACAAAAGGCUUUUCAACAAUCUAGAAUUGUUCAGAACCAGAGACUGAAAACAAUUAGACAGUUAUAUGAGCAGUUCAUAAAGAGUAUGGAGGACUUGGAAAAGAAUCAUGAUAAUCUACUUACGGGCGCACAAAACGAACUUAGAAAAGAAAUGGCUUUGUUGCAAAAAAAAAUUAUGAUGGAAACUCAGCAGCAAGAGAUGGCAAGUGUUCGAAAGUCUCUUCAAUCCAUGUUAUUCUGA